GUGGCUGUGAUAUUUCUUGGGUCUGAUUCGUUUCCUUCUGCUCAACUGUUAUUUCAAUUACAUUCUCUCCAGAACGAGCAUGGUGUGUCUAUUUUAUAACAUCCUUGCCAUCGUGGCAGCGAUGUACAGCCUUUUUGAUGUCAACUACUUUGUUCGCCUCCUAUUCACAACUCUCUGGAGAAAGAUCAUACCGAGAAAGAAGAAAAGGUUCUCUGAAGAUAUUCGUACUUACGGAUUUUGCACUACCAACGACGUGGACUUCUUCAUGACGCACAUGAACAAUGCACGAUUUCUGAGGGAGCUGGAUUUUUCUAGGAUCGACUUUUACCACCGAACAGGACUAUACGAAGGUGUUGUCUCAAGGAAGGCUACCGUUCUUCAAGGUGCAACGACCGUCAGAUACCGAAAGCCAUUGCCAAUUUUCGCUUUCUACCAAGUUACGACAAGGCUAGUGUAUUGUGACGAUAAGGCAAUCUAUCUGGAGCACAAAUUUAUAACCCUUUCGGACAACUUCGUACGGGCAAUAGCAAUCAGCAAGCAAAACAUAACCGGUCUGGAAGUAACAGUUUCGGAACUUAUAAGCAUCGUUGAUCCGGAAUCGGUCCAGCUGGAAGCACCGGAAGAUUUGAAACAUUGGCUGGAAUAUAUUAACGCUUCUUCGCAGAAAUUGAAAAAAUCCGAUUGACCAUAUUAUUGCAUUCGUAAAAUAAAUUUGUAAGCAACAUUUUUUUAGAAGUGAUUUUUAUUCUGUUGAAGCCAGCUAUUAUUCGCUCAGUUACAGAGAUGAGUAAUUUGGAUUAAAGUACAAAUAUUUAGAGUAUUCACACUUGCAUAGAGUUAUUUACAAUCCUAAGUAUAUGGGCUAGUCCAAAUGAAUGUGGACAUUUUUUGAUCCCGACCCCCACCGAAUUGGUCGCCGAUUUUUUUCCUACUUCUACUCCAUCAAAUAUGUAUAUAUUUUCGAAUUUUUUCAAAUUUUUUCCACCUGCCGUUUAGGAGUAGGUAUUAGAUCUCAUCUUCCAUAACUCGAAAACUAUGCAUUUGGAAAAAA